CAUUAUCUUGUGGUAUCUCUCCCGCGUGUGAAAGGACCCAUUGACCCUGAAGUGUGGUCGUGAAAAAAACGUAGAGGUACAUAUUGCCGGAUCCCUCUACCAAUCAGCACCAUGGUGGAGUACCUUGCUCAAAACUUUUCAGGCUGCAUUUUCGAUUGAGUCUUCCAACACUUUCCCAAACCAACAUCUUCUGUUCACGCAGUGCUCACCAACAAAACAUUGUAACCCAAACAAAUAUCUCCAGGGGCAACCGCUACAGUCUCCACUACCCCUUUUCUUAGCUCCAUUUCCCAACAGAUCCACCAUCAACGUCAACGUCAACGUCAACACUCGACCCUCCACCAAACCUUCCAUUCGUCUUGAACAAGAACUACCACGAACAACAACAACAGCCCAAGCACAAAAGCACCACCACCACCACAAAAAAUGACCACCCCCCUUCCAACCCUAACCACCACCCCCACCCGGCACCCAACCUCCUGCACUUCCCUCUCCCUCCCCCUCCUCUCCCUCCUCAACCGCGUCCUCCCUUCCCCCGGCCCACCACAUACAAGUUCAAGUUCACCAACCCUCACCCUCUCCAUCGGUUCCGGCCCCGGCCUCCUCGAAGCCCUUUUCCUCCACCAUUACCCAUCCCGCUCUGCCUCCUUCUACGGCGUCGAAGUUGCCCCUCCCAUUUCCCAAUUAAAGGAAGGAAAGGAAGUGAAUACUUGGUUACCGGAGCAGAACACCGUUACCGUUCCGGGGACUUGGGCGCUGGUCGACAAAGAAAUGUUGGGGGAGGUGGGGGGAUUGGUUUUUGUAUAUCCUAGGAGUGGGGGGUUGGUGGGGAGGUAUUUGGAGGAGGCUGAGAGAGUUGAGGUGGUGGUUUGGAUUGGACCGUGGUGUGAUGUGGAGGAGUACGAGGAGGUUUUGAAGGUGUGGGGGGUUAGGCAGGAGGUUCCGAUGGGAGGAGAGGGAGAUGGGGAGGAAGAGGAAGGUGGGAAGUUGGUGGAGGAGGGGGAGGUGGUGUUGGUUUAUAGGAGGAGGACGGAGUGAAGUGAAGGGGUAGCAAGAGCCAGUCGCCAGUGAUCCAGGCAUGACAAGAGGAUGAAGGAAUUUGGGGAUCGACAAGCAAAGAGCUAGCUAGUUUUAUUUUGCCUUGGUGCCAAACAGACAGAGCACAAAAUGCAAAAGGAAAAAAAACACACAAAAAAAAAAAAGGGUGUGAACCGUAA